UCGUGCACCCGCGCGCGCCCGCGCUCCUCCCGGCCUUCCCGUGCGCACGCGCGGGCGCGGCCAGGGCCGGGCCUUGCUCACCUCUUCGCUCCACGGGCUCCUCGUCGUCCUCCUCCGGGUCCGGACGGGCCUGGAGCCGAGGGCCGAGGGCCGAGGGCCGUGCGCCUGCGCGGAGCCGGAGUCCGGCAGGGCCGCAGUCGCUGGGUGGUGAGCGGUUGCCUUGAGGAGCGGUCCGGCCACUCCUCUCUCCUCCGCCCACCCUACCCUCCCCGUUCCACGCCCCUGCCCACCACGACGCGGUAGACGGACCCCGGCCCUGCUUUCCCGCCAGCUGCAGCCGACCCGGCCAGAGGCGGUGCCGCUCCCAAGAUGUCGCAGACGGCCAUGUCCGAAACCUACGAUUUUUUGUUUAAGUUCUUGGUGAUUGGAAAUGCGGGAACUGGCAAAUCUUGCUUACUUCAUCAGUUUAUUGAAAAAAAAUUUAAAGAUGAUUCAAAUCAUACAAUAGGAGUAGAAUUCGGUUCUAAGAUAAUUAAUGUUGGUGGCAAAUACGUAAAGUUACAGAUAUGGGAUACAGCAGGACAAGAACGAUUCAGGUCUGUGACCAGAAGCUAUUACAGAGGUGCAGCCGGGGCCCUGCUUGUCUAUGACAUCACCAGCCGAGAAACCUACAAUGCGCUUACUAAUUGGUUAACAGAUGCCAGAAUGCUAGCGAGUCAGAGCAUUGUGAUCAUCCUGUGCGGAAACAAGAAGGACCUGGACGCCGACCGCGAGGUCACCUUCCUGGAAGCCUCCAGGUUCGCCCAGGAGAACGAGCUGAUGUUUUUGGAAACCAGUGCUCUAACAGGGGAGAAUGUAGAAGAGGCCUUUGUGCAGUGUGCAAGAAAAAUACUUAACAAAAUCGAGUCAGGUGAGCUGGACCCAGAAAGAAUGGGCUCAGGGAUUCAGUAUGGAGACGCUGCCUUGAGACAACUGAGGUCACCACGGCGAGCCCAGGCCCCGAGCGCUCAGGAGUGUGGCUGCUAGGAGCCCCAGAGGAGCACACGGUGCUCAUGCAGUGAUGCUUGGGACACAGUUGUGGAAGCUUGAAGAAUCUGAAGUUGUUGUUGUUUUUUUAUUAUUAUUUUGGGUUUUUUUAGCACCA